CGCGAGAGCCGCGGCCUCCCGAGCGGGAUGGCCGCCGAGCCGGGCGGAGCUGGCCCGCCGCUCCCCGGGCCGGACCUCCGGCCCCAGACAUGGCCCGGGGUCCCGGCCCGCUAGGCCGGCCUCGCCCCGACACGGUCGCCAUGCCCAAGAGAGGGAAGCGGCUGAAGUUCCGGGCCCACGACGCCUGCUCGGGGCGAGUGACCGUGGCGGAUUAUGCCAACUCGGAUCCCGCCGUCGUGAGGUCCGGGCGGAUCAAGAAAGCGGUGGCCAACGCGGUCCAGCAGGAAGUAAAAUCUCUUUGUGGCUUGGAAGCCUCCCAGGUUCCCGCCGUGGAAUCUCUUUCUGGGGCUGGUGAGCCCUGUGACAUCAUUGACAGCAGUGACGAGAUGGAUGGCCAGGAGGACAGCCUCCGGGAGAGGACCAUCUCCAGAAAAAAGAAAAGCAAGAGGCACAAAGAAGACCUGGAUGGGGCUGGAGGAGAAGAGUAUCCUAUGGAUAUCUGGCUAUUGCUGGCCUCCUACAUCCGUCCUGAGGACAUUGUGAAUUUUUCCCUGAUCUGUAAGAAUGCCUGGACUGUCACCUGCACCGCUGCCUUUUGGACCAGGUUGUACCGAAGGCACUACACGCUGGACGCCUCUCUGCCUUUACGCCUGCGCCCAGAGUCGAUGGAGAAGCUGCGCUGUCUCCGGGCCUGUGUCAUUCGAUCUCUGUACCACAUGUAUGAGCCAUUUGCUGCUCGGAUCUCCAAGAAUCCAGCCAUUCCAGAAAGUACUCCCAGCACACUAAAGAAUUCCAAAUGCUUACUUUUCUGGUGCAGAAAGAUUGUUGGGAGCAGACAGGAACCAAUGUGGGAAUUCAAUUUCAAGUUCAAAAAACAGUCCCCCAGAUUAAAGAGCAAAUGUACGGGAGGGUUGCAGCCUCCUAUUCAGUAUGAAGAUGUUCAUACCAACCCAGACCAGGAUUGCUGUCUCCUGCAGGUCACCACCCUGAAUUUCAUCUUUAUUCCAAUUGUCAUGGGAAUGAUAUUUACCCUGUUUACUAUCAAUGUGAGCACAGACAUGCGGCAUCACCGAGUGAGGCUGGUCUUCCAGGAUUCUCCCGUUCACGGAGGCCGGAAACUGCGCAGUGAACAGGGCGUGCAAGUCAUCCUGGACCCCGUGCACAGUGUCCGGCUCUUUGACUGGUGGCACCCUCAGUACCCCUUCUCCCUGAGAGCCUAGUCACUGCUUCCCGCCCCCGCGGCAGCCCUGCGCUAGGACGGCCUUAGGAGUGGGAUUGCAGUUGGGAAAGGGGCAGCUGGGUUGUGUGACUAGUGAUGCAACUGCACCUCAGGCUCCUGGGCCCCUGUGAGGGGGAGGAGAAAGCUGGAAUCAAGAGGAAAAACAGUGAUUACUUACAAGCAUAUUUUAAUGUACAAAUUUGCAUUUGAAGAGAAACCUGGCCCUAUUUUCUGUGUUAAACCCCUUUUGGUGCUAUUUGAGUUUGUUCUUUGUUCUUUUUUCCCCAUGAAAAUGGAUGGCCUUGCUCUAGGGAAGAAUUCAACUCCUGAAUUUUCCAAAAAAGGAAGUUUCAGCAAUCCCCUGAAAUCAGAAAUUCCUUAGAGGCCUCAUACUGUUGCUAUGUUGCGGCCAAUUUAGCUGCCCCUUAAAUUCAAGUGACUAUCUUCUCCCUUUACCCUCCUACAGAAAUUAAGCAGGUGACAGGGUUUUCACAUCUUCCAAGACUGACUUCUGUAUCUUUCCUUAAAAGUAAUCUUUGGAUAUUUAUUGUAUAAAUACUGCUUUGCCCAGUUGAAUUUUAGGGUUUUAUUUGUUUGCUUACUUUUUGUCUUGAGACUGAUGGUGGUAAUUGUGCCCUUGGUACUAUCCUAGGAACUUCACAGAGUAUCUUUAAUGUUCCUAAUCCUGCAGGGGAGGUGAUACUAGUCCUGUUUUAUGGUUGAAAAAAAAAAAAGAAAUCAGUGACUUACCCUGGAUAUGAUAGCUAGUAAGUGACAGAACCAGGACACCGGCCCACAUCUUUUUGCUAGACCACAGUUACCAAAAAAUCAGUCUCAGUUCUUUUGUGGUAUCUGGCGGCAAAAGGGAGCAGGCAGAGAGUAUAUUGAUAGCAAAGUAAAAAUCAUUUGAUUGUGAUAUGUAUACCUUAUCCCUAUUCUGCCUCAAAGGUCUGUAAGUCAGUGAAAAAAUCUUCUAAAUGACUUUUUUUAAGUAAAAAGUAAAAGCGAGGAAGUCACUGCAGGAAGGGUAGUGCUAUUCUCAUUGGAUUGGCAGAAAGGCAUGUAUUAUGUAGAAGGUCAUUUUAGGAAAAAUGCAUCCCCAUUGGAAGCCGCUUCCUGAGCUGUCAGCACGCAGUGCUCUGCCCAGUGGCUGCUGGGUGACGCGUGGCCUGCAGGAGCCUGGCCUUUCUUCCCUCCAGAAUGGCCAGGCACUGCUGCUCCUCACAGGGCUGCCUUCAGCUGCUUUCCUCUCAGAAAGGAAUCUGGGGCUGAGUGGGUGGGCAUGGUUGUGGUUGUUAAUAUGAUGACCCUCCUCUUGUCUCUCUGGUCCCAUCCCACCCUCCAAAUUAACCAGUGUGCUGCUUAUUAGCCGAUAAUGCCAGGAGGUGGGCAUUAUGAUAAUACUCUUUAAACAUGGGGACCUUGUGAGGGCAGCUAUUAUCAUGAGCCAAACUGCUAAAUUAGCAUGUUUUUUCCCCCUUGCCUUCCUCUCUACCCUUUGCUAUUUAAAGAAUAUUCUUAGGAAGCAUCUGCUUAAUUCUUUUGUUAACAGCAAAGUUACCCCACGCUGAGGGUGGUACCAAAGCUGUUCACAGAGAAAACAAGCCUGGGUCAGUGAAAAACAGAAUUUGGGCAUUUAAAGUGAAAUAAACAAACAACCCAAGGACAGAAGCACCUUUCAGAUCUCUACAAUCCAAAGUUGCCACACUGAGUCAGGAAGAGAGAAGCUCCAAGCCCUGUACCCCGAUUUCAGGGAGUAGGAGAGUUGUUCCGGUGAAUUGUGUGUCUCCCAUUUAGGAGUUAACUUUAGAAGGAAAGUGAAAUAAAUUUGAUUUGUAAUUUG